CUUCAGUUAUGAUAGCUCUUUCUUUCUUCCCAGCUUAUGCGUCAUUUUGGAUAAGCAUAUUAGAAACAUACAUACAAUAGAUGGUGUCUGGCGGUGACCCAGCUCGUCGACCCAGCAAAAGCGAAGUCAAAAGUGGCGGGCGCACCUCGUUCAGCUUGUAACUACUGGUUAUCUACUCGUUAUGCUGCUGGAGAACGCAAUGAGAAAAGCCGGCGUUCGGCGGGGCGGCUGGGUAGGUGCGCCCUUCAUCAGCAGCCUGCCGCCGCUGCUGCUGGCCGCCCGCGCGCUGCUGCCCAGCCGCCGCCGCCGCCGGGCCACGGCGCCCGACCGCGUCGGCGCGGCGCUCAUGAUGUGCUUUGACAGCAUCCGGGGACCACACUCCUUUCAGACUGUGCCAGAGGACGUAGGUAUAUCCAAGGCAGAGCUGGAUAGAGCGGGCCAUUGCGGAGCGCGUGCAGGAGGAUUUGUGCAGCCAGGUCGCGUAGAAUUUGUGCAGCCACGCCUACGCGACCUGGCGGCACAAAGCCUCCUGCACGCCUGCGGCAAGCAGCAGUUCUGCACGACAACCGGUGACUACUUUGCGAGACUGAUGGCGAACGACAGCGCGCGGCCCAUCCAUGGGCCCGCGGCCACAGGUGAUGAUGAGACCGGGAUGGCCGCGCUGCCGUCCCCGCUGGUGGGGCCUGAUGAAUCGCCCCUGCAGGCGGCAGACCGCUUUGCGGCGGCAGUAGCACUGCUCCCCACUCCCCGGCUCGGAGGCGGCGGCGCGGGAGGCCUGGCUGGCUUUAGUUGUGGGCCUGCGGCUUUCAAUGCCACUCCCGGCCGGAGAUAGACCCGGAGACACCGCCCUUGCGCAGGUGGCCCCUUGGGUGGCCCGGGGAUUGGGGUGGGUGCAACACGAGGGGCCCGCCCGCCCAUUCUCCUGGUGGUGAAGUACUCCGUGUGGGCGGGGACGGCGAUGCAGCUGCUGGGUCCCCAUCCAUUCAGCUGUUCGCGCUGCGCGCUAAACACUUAUUGCUGUAUGUGCUGGUGUGCCUGAGGGGGGAGAGCUCAAGCCGCUGGAGCCUUCGCUGGCACGUCGGCCCGCUGGUGAGCGCUGUGGUGGGAGAACGGCCCCACAAGGAGGCGUUGUGGCGGUGGGUGGCAGCCAAAUGCGUGUUGGGCAUUUUCGAAGAAUGCUCAUCGUCGUGCGUCUGGAAAAAGGAUGCCCCUGUGCAAGGCUUGUGCGAUACGAUGGACAUGUGUGAAGGUGACCUCGAUGUGGCGCGAGCUUUGCUCGGACGCCACGUGUACUCGUUUAGAACGUUUCGAGUCGCUGGCAUGUAUGCACGGCGUGCGCUGCGAUGAUGCUAAUCAACUUCUUGGAUUGGGACUGGUUGUGCUCUAUGGAUUUGGGCGGGGGAGGGCAGGGUCCGGGACGGGGGAGGUUCGGCGAUGGGCGGGAAGGGCACGCCGGCGAGGGGCGAGAGCUGGCACGGCCUCACGGGGUGUUGCGCGUUGUUGAAAGGGCGCGCGCAGAACCCCUGAGGCCUGAGCAAAGCAGUAUGCUUGCUAUCUAGAGGGUUGCGCUUCUAAGUGUUUAGACAGUGAUAAGCGCAGUGCACCCUGUGCUGCAACCCAAGCAAUGUGCCAAUGUGUUGCUCGUAAAGGUGCGUGUCUGGAUUGAGGCAGUACGACUGUACGAUUGUGAGUUGACGUCCUCUCACCCACUUG